CCUCUUCCUCACUUCCCUAAAAAAGAAAAAGACCCUCUUCCUCACCAUCGAGCAGAGUCGCCGCCGCCGCCCCUCCCCUUCCCGGCCUUCGCCGCCGCCCCGGCGCCCCACCCUUCCCUCAAGUACCGCCGCGCCCCGGUCGACCCUCCCCUCCUCCUCUCCAUUCCCGGCCGGCGCUCGAUUCCAGGGCCCUCGAUUUUUCCCCAUUCCCGAAAUCCCCAACCAGACCAAACCCUCCCGCGUCUCUCUCGCCAGCCAUGGAGGCGGCGGCGGCCGCCGCCUCGGCUGCAGCGGCGGCUGCCAAGGACGCGGCCUUGGCCGCUUCGGUUGCAGCGGCGGCUGCUGCCAAGGACGCGGCGGCGGCUGCGGUGACUGCAAAGGAGGCGGCUGUGGCGGCUUCGGCUGCGGCUUUAAACGCCAAGGAGGCAGCCGUGAGGGCCUCUGCUGCGGCGUUAGAUGCCGAGGAGGCAGCGGCUGUGGCGGCGACUGCAGCCCAGGCGGCGACUGCGGCGGCGGCAGCUAUGCGAGCUUCCCAGAAGCGUAGGUUUGCGGAUGUGGCGGAGGAGGCAGCGCCUGGGGCUGCGACUGCAGGGCAGGCGGCUGGGGCGAUAAAUGCCGAGGUGGCAGCGCCUGUGGCGGCGACCCAGAAGAGUAGGUUUGCGGAUGCGGAGUUGGAUGCCGAGGAGGCAGCGCCUGUGCUGGUGACUGCACGGCAGACGAUGGGGGCGAUAAAUGCCGAUGAGGCAGUGCCUGUGGCGGAGACUGCAGGCCAGGCGGCAACCGCUGCGGCGGCAGCUAUGCUAAUGCAAGCUUCCCAGAAGCGUAGGUUUGUGGAUGCGGCGUUGGAUGCCAAGGAGGCAGCGCCUGCAGCGGCAACUGCAGGGCAGGCGGUGGGGCCAAUAAAUGCCGAGGAUGCAGCGCCUUUGGCGGUGGCGACGCAAGCUUCCAAGAAGCGUAAGUCUGCGGCUGCGAUGGUGACUGCAGUUGAGGCGACGGCGGUGCCAUUGCAAGCAUCCAACAAAUGUAAGUUCCAGAUCAUCGACGUGGACCAAGAUCCACAAGGGAGCACAGACGUCGAUGAUGCGGGGAGUGUCGAUCACAUCGGCCGCCUCCCGGACGCCGUACUCUGCAGUAUCCUCUCUCUUCUCCCCACCAAGGAAGGUGCCCGCACGCAGGUCAUCUCUCGCCGGUGGCGUCCGCUCUGGCGCUCAGCUCCUCUCAACCUCGUUGUGGACGAAGAACUCAACAGCAGCAACAACAGUUUGGUCAACUUGAUUUCAAAGAGGGACGACUUGAUUUCAAAGAUCCUCUCUGUGCAUCCUGGCCCCGCACGCCGCUUCUCGCUCUGCCUCUCUAAUAGCAACUAUCAUGGCAAGAUGAAAGGCUGGCUUAGUUCCCAAGCCUUGGACAAGCUACGGGAGUUUCAGCUCAUCCCCAAGCACUGGUUUGACGUCAGGGAUACGUUCUACCUGCUGCCAUCGUCCGUCUACCGCUUCGCGCCCACGCUCCGUGUGGCCAAAUUUGGCGGCUGCAGUUUCUCCGACUUGAUUGUGAAGCUGUCGCUCAAGUUUCCGUGCCUCAAGCAGCUCACCCUGGAUAGAGUCGCCAUCUCGGAGGACGCUCUCCAGAGCAUGCUCUCUGGCUGCUAUGCCUUGGAAAGCCUUGAGCUAAAAAAAAAUUCUGGCUUUCGUCGCCUCUGCAUCAGCUCCCAAACUCUUAAGAGUGUAGGCUUUUGCACUAACUGGUGUACAGAAAGUGUCCCUUUGCAAGAGUUGGUCAUCGAGGAUGCCCCGUGCCUUGAGAGAUUGCUACCACUUGAUCCACAGGUUGGCCCAAGGACCAUACGGGUAAUCUCGGCACCAAAACUAAACAUAUUGGGCACGCUCUCUAGAGGCAUAAAAGAACUUCAGCUUGGAACCACAGUUUUCUAGAAUAUGAUUGCUGUUGGCUUGACAACCAAAAUGCACAGCGUGAGGGUGUUGGUUCUUGACUACCUUAAUUUGGAUACAGUGGUUAACUUCCUCAAGUCCUUCCCCUGCUUGGAGAGGCUGUAUGUCUUUUUCCAGUCAAGGAUGAGUUAUAUUAACCCCCAGGAGUAUGACCCACCGGAACCGAUUGAAUGCCUUGAGCUGCAUCUCAAAGAAGUACUGUUGAAGAAUUAUGAUGGCACCAUCCCUUUGUGUAUUGACUUCGCCAAGUUCUUUGUUUUGAAUGCGAAAGUGCUAAAGGAAAUGAAAAUCACAUUGCCUUACCACCGGCAGUACAACUGGUUUGCUAAUCAACACCGGCUGCUGCGGACCAAAGAUAGGAUUUCUCAAGAUGCUCGAAUUGAACUGAAAUGCGGAACUAAUGUUUAUUUCACAGACAACAGGAACACCCAUGAUUUGUCAAUGACUGAUCCUUUUGACGUGCCCUCCAGAGGAUGCAAAAAGUGUAGUGGAUCCCCAUUUUGAAGAUUGCCAUGUCUUCUGUUCAAAGCCCAACUUUUAUGUCGCAUGUUUUGUUCUAGCCUGGCGAGUUUCGAUUUUCUUGAAGAAAGGAUCUACUUCGCUCAGUGAUGGAAUGUUUUGUGGUCUAGUCAGAAUUAUACCUGGGCGAGGAGGUGGUGUCUAAGCUCAAGCUUCAAAUCCGAACUUGCGGCUUGAAGGGUUUGGCCAGUAGUUUAUUUUAUGUGCUAUUGCUCUUGUUUAGAUCUGUAAUGCUUAGUUGGUUGUCGUUGUCUGUUUUGUUGUUUGGUCUUGUAAUUUAAGCUGCAGACAGCAGCAGCUACUAUAUUUAUCUGCAAUAUAACUUGCUUUAGUAAAAAAAUUAUCUGCCUUA